CAGAGACCCUUUUCUCCUUUCUCUCCCGUGUUGGAAUUAGGGUCAAGAACGGCAGGUGCAGGACUUGCCAUAGCCGCGUCCCUUAAUCUUGGCAGUGCUGAGCCAAGGCUUCCAUCCCAGGCCCACUUAUCCAGCCAGCUGUCAGACCAUGGGUGAGAAUGGCACAGGAGGAAGGCAAUGUGGACGAGGGAGAUGUGUUCCUGGCAUUUGCUCAAGGUCCCUCUCCUCCCAGGAGUCCCCUGCAACGUGCUUUGGACAAGGCCUUCCUUAUUUUCCUGAUUCUGUUCUUGACACUGCUGAUGUUGGAGGCUGCUUAUAAGCUGCUGUGGAUUCUACCAUACGCAAAACUGGGGGACUGGCUCCUAGGGACACCUCAGAAAGAGGAAGAGCUGGAAUUGUGACCACCAUUCCUAUAAACUUCCUCUUUCCUUGCCACAGAGGUGAGAAGGGAGACAGGAGGGAAAUAGGACUGUUGGGGCCUGUGGUGGGGAUACUGGACAGCUUAUGUCAGCAGUCUAAAAUUUCUGCACCUACAGUCUGGGUAACAAUUUGUUUAAAGUAUAUGCUCCCUUACAUAUUUUGUAAAACUUUUAAAUUGACACAGAAUUAUUGUACAUAUUCAUAAGGAACACUGUUAUUUUGACCCGUUUAUGAUGCGCAGUGAUCAAAUCAGAGUAAUUAUCACAUCCAUCACUUCAAAUAUUUAUCAUUUGUGUUAGGAACAUUCAAAGUCCUGUC